UCGCAAUCGGUUACCACUCGCCAAAGUGCCAUCAGAAAAGUGUUAAUUAACAAUGAUUUUAACGUAAUCUAAUGUGGAAGCCAUUCGUUCCAGUGCCACACUGUUAGACAACGCUCCCUAAAGGGUGGCUUUCUGUUCGCCAGUCGCCGUCGUGUAUGGAUCUCGGUGUGGAUUGUGCGCUUUCCACUUGUUGCAUUACGCGAUGAGGAAGUUUCAACGGUUUCUCAUUUCCGUGGUUGCCUUUGGUGUGCUUUACGGCGUUUAUCGUUACUCGUUCCGUACCGAUAGUGAAGGGAACUAUCUGUUUUUGCUGCCAGGCGAAAGCGGAAGGUCACCGAGCGUCGUGCAACAGGCGAUAGCGAAUGGUGAACGGGAGAAGACGGUUGAUCCAUCCCGGUUGGCAAACCUUACCGGAUUUGAGUAUGUGAUCGCCAACGACAUUUGCAAGGAGAAUAAUACUUUUUCCGAGUUACUGGGCGUUAUACUAAUAACAUCGUACGUGGGACACGAUGAGAUUCGUUCCGCACACCGACAAGCCAUUUCCCAGCAGAAACUUCUCUCCAUGGGAUUGUUACGAGUAUUUUCACUAGCUGUAAUUCCCCCGACCGAACAGUUCAUUCGGCAGGUCGCCAUCGAAGCCGAACAACGACUUCACGGGGAUCUGAUUCAGGGCAACUUUGUUGAAGCUUAUCGCAAUCUUACCUACAAGCACCUGAUGAGCUUGCAGUGGGCAACGCAACAUUGUCGCGGUGCCAAAUACCUGCUCAAGAUGGACGAUGACAUCGUGUUCGAUCCGUUCUACAUCCAGAACUAUCUGUCCGACCUGAACCAGGGCGACGAGCAGCAAACCCAGCUACUGGCGGGAUACGUGUUUCGCAGCAAGAAAGUGAUCCGUCUGCAGGCGAACAAAUGGUACGUGUCACGUGACGAGUUCCCAGCUGAGGUAUACCCACCGUACCUAUCCGGAUGGUUAUACAUUACGAAUCAAAAAACAGCCCGAGCGUUGGUAGCCGAAUCGCAAGCCGGCAGCUUCUUCUGGAUCGAUGAUACGUUCAUUACCGGUGUGCUGGCCCAACGGUUGCAAAUACCGCUGACCGCACUGAACCGAUGGUUUAGUUCGAAUUCCGAGUUUCUCGACUGCUGCAUAAGGGACAUGAAACGGUACGCGUACCAGUGCGACUACUACGUCGGUCCAAACGGUGGCAACGGGAAGCUAAUAAUGGAGUUCAUUCAGGAGCUGGAACGAUGCUACGACAAUGCCUGCUAUCAACGACCGCCGGGUAAAUCGCUUACCGCGACAUGCGUUGCAGAGUACAAGCAGCAGCUAAGCCCCAACCACGGAACAGCCAUGAUUAGUCAGAUGAAACUUAAAUAGUUAGAAAAAAAAAAUCUUACCAAGGAUAACGACAAAAGUUACCAAUCGAAAACAUUCAACCCCCCCCCCCCCCCCCAAACAGUAUGUGCCAACGAAAGCAACGAAACCCUAACGAAUUGCAAAUGAUUCCCUUACCAUUGCCAUUUAGGAAACCUUUUUACACACGCGUCCGUCCUUAACUGUGCACGAAUACUUAACGACACGAAUACUGCCAUUAUUAUAUUUAUAACACCUUUAACCACUUAGCGAAAUGUUCGUGAAUAGUAUUUAGUAGCGCAAAUGUUAGUAUUUAAUAGUAGAAAGAGCGAUUAUUUUUACCCUCAUCAUUCCAUCACGAACCGUUUUGAGACCGAAUAGAACCGAUCUGUGAUACCCGAUUGCACACGAUGCCGGAUGAAUCUCCACACAACGCACGAAAACCGACGAUGUACAUUCCUCUCCGACGUGUUUAUUACGUGGUUUCAAGUAUUAGUUCCAAUUACUAAAUAAAUUGGUUUUCAUAUUAACUGCAAA